AUGCUCUGUGAGCCCAGCCCUGAAUUGGCCCUGCGCAGUAACUCACAGUCACCACAAGGUGGCAGCAGCUCACAACAAGACAGCAGGAUUUUAAGCCCCAGUUCUGAGUCCCGCUAUGGCCUGGACCCCCAGUCCCUCCCCAGCGCUGUGCAGGGAAUGGAGGACGACAGGGAGGCGUGGGAGGGGAAGCUGUUUGUGUCUGAGCCCGGCUCUCCACUGCCCCCUCUGGCCACCACUGACUUUACCGUGGAGGACAGGGGUAAUGCGAGCCCCCGGUUCAUGCGCUGUACCUCCUACUCUUUCCCCAGUGACGGGACAACUGCCCAACUGAGCCAUCUACCCCUAGGGGUAAUCUUAACCCCCUUGGCCAAGCUGGAGAAAGAAGAGCGCCCUCUGCCAGUGUGCCCCGGUACUGCAGAGAGAGGGGCCGUGCCGGGCUGCAGUGGCUGUGGUGCCUACAUGUGCACGUUCAUGGCCUGGCAGGACUGCGGCCAGCGAUUCUCCUGCCCCUUCUGCGGCAAACUCACCGAAGUGUCGUGGCAGUGUUACCAGCCCGCUGACGGGCGGGGCCGGAGGACGGACGCCGGCUGCAAGCCGGAGCUCUCCGUCGGGUCGUAUGACGUCCUGGAGUUAAACACGGGCCAGGCUGCUGGGCUGCUCCUGGCGUUGGAUGUCUCUCCUCCUGCAAUGAAGAGUGGACACCUGGGCCUCCUCUGUCAGCAGCUACGCUCCUUUCUCUCGUCUCUUGCCAGGGAGGAAGGUGGAGGCCAAUCAGAUCUGCGGGUGGGAUUGAUGACCUAUGACAGCAGGCUCCACCUCUAUGACCUCAGCCCCACUCUGUCCCGCCCCCACAUGCUCAUUUUCACUGAUACUGAGGAGCUGGAACUGCCCAUGUGGGAGGGGCUACUGGUGCCACUCAAGGACGCCAGAUACAGCAUUGACAGUUUGCUGCAGCAGAUUCCCCGGCUGGCGGGGGGGUCCGAGGACGCGGGCGGGUCUCAGGAGCUCCCGGUCCGGGCCGGGCUGAAGAUCCUGGAGGCCGUGGGCUGUCCGGGGAAGGUCAUCGUCUUCCACUCUGCGCCCCUGACGGAAACGGCCCUAAAGCAGAGCUCAUCAGGCUUCUUCAGCUCCAGCAAGCCAAAGUCCCUGUUCCAACCUUCCGAGCCUUCCACGUCAUUGGCUAAGGAGUGCGCCAAUCAAGGCUGCAGCGUGCACCUCUUCCUGUUCUCCCAGCAGGAUGUGGGCGGUGCCUGGCCUGGGCACACCCCGUAUAUGACAGGGGGAGGAGUCUACAGUUAUGACAGUCUUCAGUCGAAGGUGGAGAGAGCGCAGCUGAGCUGUGAUCUGCAGAGGUGUGUGGAGACGGAGACGGCCUUCAAGGCCCAGCUCAGAGUGUUUGUCAGCAAAGGCCUGAGCGUGUCUGGUUUUUAUGGCACGUUUAACCCCGGACCUAGCCCCGCCCACAUCUCCUUGGCUGCUCUUGAUUGGCGCACGGCCCUGGCAGUCCAGUUCGUUCACUGUGGCCCAUUGGAUGAGCAGAGAGGCGUGGUCAUUCAGGCGGCCCUGUCCUACACCAGCGCCCGGGGGGAGAGGAGGACCCGGGUGCACAGCCUGACCCUGCCCUGCUCACGCCCCCUGCUGGACACCUUCCGCACCUGCCAGACCCACACGCUGCUCACCUUCUACUGCAAGAAAGUGUACAGCGCGGUGCUGGAGCGCCCCCUACAGGACGUGCGCGAGGAGCUGCAGGCUGAAGUGACCCAGUUGCUGGCCUCUUACCGCAAACACUGCAGCUCCACUGCGGUAUCUCCAGGCCAGCUGGUGCUGCCCCAGUUCCUGAAGGCCCUGCCGGUCUACGUGAACAGCCUGCGCAAGAGCGCCGUGCUGCUGCCGGGCGUGCGCAGCUCCGUGUCCCAGCGGCUGCGUCUGCGCAGUCAGCUGCUCAGCCUGGACCUCCGGCACACGGCCUCCCACUUCUACCCGCUGCUUCUGCCCCUGCCAAUGAGCAGUGAGUCAGUGAGCGCGCUCAGUGCGAUGGAGAGGGCGCGCUGCACUGCCAGCAGUCUGGACCCAGGCAGGCUGUACCUGGCCCACUGCUCCCUGUCCCUGCUCCUGUGGGUUGGGCUGUGCGUCCCCUCCCAAACCCUCCUGCAGCUCUUCAACACCACCUCCUUCUCCCUUCUGCCCUCUGGGAACCUCUGUCUGCCUGUGCUGGAGAACCCCCUAUCUGUGGCAGUGAGGAGACUCGUGCACAGCCUGCAGUCAGAUGCACCCUACACACUCACGCUGCAGGUAGUGAAACAGGGAGACAGCAGUGAAGAGGCACUUCAGCACCUCCUGGUGGAGGACAAGAGCCCCAACGGUGGGGCAUCGUACGCCGACUUCCUCUACCACUUGCACGUCAACUCACUGCGUCUCUUGGUGUGACUCCGUGCCCGUCUUGCACUGUUAAUUAUUGAGGUUACCCUGAAGCCCUCCAUUUUCCCACAGUUCAGACACUCGGGCCCUCCUACAGGUUCUCCCCUCCGUCCCCUGAUCUCUGUCAGGUUUUGAACCUGCUGUGGCCGCCUCCGAUCCACAUACAAAAUGGAUGCAGUGGUAGGACUGUUACAGAAUUGCUGUUCAUACCAGGACAGCACAAACCAUGUACACAUACCAAGCAAUAAAGAAUACGGUGUUCCGGUUUUCCAUCGUCAA